AUGGAGGUUAUGGAGGUCGUUGAUCUGACAGCGGACGCUGUAGAGGAUGACUAUGAAGAUGUUGGAUUUGAAACCAGCACACCAUCUGGGAAUGCUAUGGAAACAAGUUCAUUCGAAGGUCAAGCCGAUGACAGCGCUAUGAAUAUUGAGACAUUACUUGGAGAUCUCGAGCAAGAAGAUUCAGAUUCAGUGACUUCAGGUGGCGCGCCAGAGGAGGCACCAGAGGAGGCGCCCGAAAGGCAGCCAGAGAGUUCUGAAGCCGAUUCGGAUAGUUUCAAGCAGAGUCAUUCUGAUGAGGAGUUUAACCAAGAAGUCGAUGAGUUCAUUUGUUUUGACGAUGGCGACCCCAACAAUGAUUCCGACUCUGAUGAGGAGUUGGACUGGCAAGGUGAUUGCGUACAAUCAUGCCAACCGAAAUAUGAGAAAAUACAUGAAAAAUCGCAAAUUCGAAAGUUCAGAAUUGGAGAGUCGAGGCAGUUGGUGGCAGGGUUUCGUGCAAAGAUUACUAGGAUGAAGGCAAAGAUUGCUGGGUUGAAAACCCAAAAUCGGCGGCUUAGGGCUGACCUUGCUGCUGCAAGGAGCAGCGCAUCGGGACCUCCGAGACGAACAAAAGCCAUGUGGCCAGAGUACCUUAAGCACUUCCUUCGAGGCCAAAGGACUCGUCUCCCACCUGGAAUACGAUGUUAUAGUGACAUCUACAAGCUAAGUUGUCGCGAAUUAAACAUACCGCCGCACCCAAACCGGGUUCUACCAGGCCUCGUCCUGAGGGAGAAGGAUGAUGACGAAGAUGGUGCUAUUGAAUCCAUAGCGGUUACUGGGGUAUUCAACUUCAACCAGCUGCCGCCCAUCGCGCAAUUUCGUGUCCUUCAAAUGCUUCUAUGCUUUUAUGGAAAGAAGGUUCAUGUUUUGACUAGGCUUGAUCCAUAUCAUGUGCCUUCUCUGUCGUCUGGUGUGCUGGGCAAUGACCCAGAACGCCCACAGCCUCUUCGUCGAUUUCACAUUGGGGACUCACCUGUGAGUUUAACAUAUGCCACGUUACCGAAUGAUUUACUAGCACCAUUAGUAGUGUGCAAAAAGUGGUUAUUCUGGGGCGCGCAUUUGUUUUAUGGCGAGAACACUUUUGCAUUCUCCUCGCUGGGCGAAUAG